AUGCGUGCCCUCACGCUCUUUGCGGGUCUGCUCACCCAGCUACAGAGGAGAGACACAUAUGACGAUGGCCAGUACACUCAAGUGGUCCAGGCCACGAGCUGGAGCUACUCGCCGUCCUACUACACGUCGUACCUGUCAACCGAGAUCAUCACGAUAACGUCGUACAUUCCCUGCCCGGUCCUUACCAGCUACACCACUGUGUACAAGUGCUCGAGCUGCGGCGGCGGCUCCACGGCACAGACUACCUGCAAGCCGAAGCUGUGCGCCACAUCCAUCUACGACGUGGUCGAGGCCACCACCACGCCCUUCGCGCCGGGCGAAUACGCCAUCGCCUACGUGACGAGCUACGCGGGCGCGCAGGCCCUGACCACCAGCAUCCCCGCGUCGUGGUGCACCGCCUACGAGCAGCUCGACUACACCGGCAUUGACUGCCAGACUCUCCCGGUCUGCGGCGGGGCCACAGGCGGGCUCACCUGCGAGGCGAAGCCGUGCACGACGUGCAUCGACGAGGACGGCGACGGGUCCUACGAGACCCUGACCGAGGGCACGCAGUACUUCUUCACCGAGUUUGCGCGGCUCACCGUCAACGGCCAGGUCACGUCCACGCCCGCCAGCCUGUGCGACCUGCUGACCAUCCCGACGCCGUGGUACGUGCAGCCCACGCUCGCCUGUGGCUAUGGUGGUGACGACGACGACGACGACAGCGGAGCCGACCAAGGCGGCCAGGUCAUCACGUACACCUACACGACCAACGGCGCCACCAUCGUCGUCGCCACCAGCAUACCCUCGCAUGGCGGCGCGCUCCACCUCACCGGCAGCGGCGGCGGAGCUCGCGUCGGCGGCGAGCUGGGCAGGACGGUGGUCUUCUGGCUGUGGGUGGGUAGUGCCCUCGUCGCGGGCGUGGGCAUGAUUAUUCUUUGA